AUGUGGGGCUUGAUUCGGAAAGACCUUGGGGAGUUCGUCACCACCCUGAAGGAUGAUGCCGCGGUGACCAUCAAGUCGGCCAUGGCUCUACGUGAGGGAGAAGAAGAAGACGACGAUAGCUCGAUCAUUGAUCAUCAUUUGUAAAUGCUGGUGUUGUGGCAUGCCAUGGAGUUACCGCCUUGUAUCCCUCCACGCCAGGUGUUGGCAAGUCAAUAGGUAGGUGUGUCUUUAUUUUUCGCAUCGACCGCGCUACCCGGUGGCCAAUGAAAAGACU